CCAGCCUGGGCGAUCUGGCUACCAAGAUGAAUAAGACUACCGUCGUUGGAGGGACAGAACCAAUGGAAAUAACAAUGGAGCCUAUGACCGCCGAGCAGUUUCUGCAGGAGGCGAAUGAACAAUUACAAGAUUUGGAACUGCAGCAAUUUACGAAAUUACCACCACCACCACCACCACAAUCAACACUACCACAACCACCACUACCACAAUCAUCAUUAUUAUCGGCGACGACUUCGGCGACGACUUCAACGACGACUUCGACGACGACUUCGGCGACGAUUUCGGCGACGACUUCAACAACGACUUCGGCGGGUAUGGUUGCGGACAGAAAGGCUGUGGCUGCAGCAAUUCCAACGAUUGUGGCUGUGGCUACAGCAACACCGGCGGCUUCGUCCAUUUCAAAUUUGCCCCAAUCCGAAAGACCAAGGAGAUGGGAAAAAAGCAAAAGAGCUCGCGGCCACCGCGGUGGCCGCGGCCGCGGAUCAUACAAUUCAUACAAACGUGGCAGCAACGCGAAUCGCGGUGGACGUGGUGGACGUGGUGGACGUGGUAGUAGCGGUAGUAGCACAAUCAUUCAAAAAUUUUACAUGUAA